CAUAGAAAAAGGUGUCUUCUGUUUCUUUUGGUCGUUUUUUUCUCUUUGUGAUUGUCAAUUGGCGAAUCCAAAUUCUGCCUACUUAUCUGCAAACACUUCAAUUCCAUAAUGUAUAUUAUACUCAGCAAUUUAUCAGAAAUUAAUCAGGUUUUUCUGAGGGAGUAGUUGCUGGAUUUAGAUUCUUUUAAGUAAAUUGUGAUACUUGUUUUAGAAUUGUCAUUUUCUGAACUGGUUAUUUGUGAUGUUUUAAGUCUAUUUCAAGGAGUGACUCUACUGAUCUGAAUUGGACACUUGUGGGAUCAAAACUGUAUUCGUCCUUUUUCUAUUUUUGUGAUUAUUUUGCAAAGAAUUGGUUUUUUUUUCUGGUCUUGAGGAAGAUUCGAUAGUCGUUUGACUCAGGUUAAUUGGAAUUGUUUGGAUGUUGGGCGAUACAUAUGAGAGAUGUUACUUGCUGUCUUGGAGAUUCAGGUUGUAACUAGCACCUAUUUUGAUCUUCUCAGCACUUGGGUUUGAGGUGGAAACUUGGAUAUGAGAAGCCCUUUGUUUACUAAACUAUCAAUACUGUUCAGGCGUAGACCGUCAGUAAGCUGGUUAGUCUUGUGCCUGGUUAGUGUUUUUGGGCUAAUAGCAUUAUUAGAAUCAUCUUAUUCAAGUACCUUUGACUCUGUGGCCUCCUCUACAAACCCUGAUGUCUAUACAAGUUAUAGAAAGCUAAAGAAGCUAGUGCGAAAUGAUUAUUUAGAUCUAAAUAGCCUUUCUGUUGGAGCCAAUUGGAUAAAGGAUAUUGGUUUUUGUGGGAAAGAAAGAGAGAACUAUGUACCUUGUUAUAAUGUAUCUGCAAAUACGCUAACUGGUUUGAAAGAUGGGGAGGAGUUUGAUCGACACUGCGAGUUAUCACGUGGACAACCACAUUGUUUGGUUCGUCCUCCGAAGGACUAUAAGAUUCCUCUGACUUGGCCAGCAGGUAGGGAUAUCAUAUGGAGUGGAAAUGUGAGGCUAACCAAAGAUCAGUUCCUUUCUUCUGGAAGCAUGACAAAAAGAUUAAUGUUACUGGAAGAGAACCAAAUUGCUUUCCACUCGGAUGAUGGAAUGAUGGUUGAUAGUGUCAAAGAUCACUCGCAUCUUAUUGCUGAGAUGAUUGGGCUUGGAAGUGAUGCAGAAUUUCUUCAAGCUGGUGUGCGCACUGUACUAGAUAUUGGUUGCGGUUUUGGUAGCUUUGGUGGUCACCUACUUUCGCUGAAGUUGAUGGCUCUUUGUGUGGCAGAGUAUGAAUCAUCUGGUAGCCAAGUUCAGUUUGCACUUGAGAGAGGACUUCCGGCAGUCAUAGGCAACUUUAUUUCGAAACAGCUUCCAUUUCCAUCGUUGUCUUAUGAUAUGGUUCAUUGUGCUCAGUGUGGAAUCAUUUGGGACAGUAAAGAUGGAUUGUUUUUAAUUGAAAUUGAUCGUGUGCUCAAGCCCGGAGGUUAUUUUAUUUUAACCUCACCUACAACCCGGCAGCAGCAGGAUAGUUCUACUAGUGCGAAGAAGGGAAGCAUGUCUAUUCCUUUGGAAGAGUUCACUAAAAAGCUUUGUUGGUCUCUUUUGGGACAGCAGGAAGAGACUUUCAUCUGGCAGAAGACAGUAAAUUCUCAAUGUUAUAGCUCACAGCUUAGUAUACCCAUUUGUAAAGGAGAGGACAUGCAACUGUACUACCAACCGCUUGCACACUGUAUUUCUGGGACAAGCAGUAACCGAUGGGUUCCGAUUCACGACAGAUCUGGUCCUCUGAACUCAACUGAUAUUGAAAUUCAUGGAGUCGAUCCUGAUGAUUUCUUUGAGGAUUCGGGAUUUUGGAAAUCAGCGUUGAGAAAUUAUUGGUCUUUGUUGUCGCCCUUGAUUUUCUCUGACCAUCCAAAGAGGCCAGGUGAAGAAGAUCCAUUGCCUCCAUACAAUAUGGUGCGGAAUGUCAUGGACAUGAAUGCACAUUAUGGGGGCUUAAAUGCGGCUAUGUUGGAGGCAAGUAAAUCAGUGUGGGUGAUGAAUGUUGUGCCUCUUGGGGCGCGUAAUACACUUCCUCUCAUACUUGAUCGAGGUUUUGCCGGUAUUCUACAUAACUGGUGUGAACCGUUUCCUACAUAUCCACGAACAUAUGAUAUGAUCCAUGCUAAUGGACUCCUUUCACACAUUUCUUCACAAGAUUGCAGUAUGCUUGAACUACUUCUUGAAAUGGAUCGUAUUUUGCGACCCGAGGGUUGGAUUAUUCUUUCUGAUACAUUGGGUCCCAUAGAGAAAGCACGCAUGUUAGCCACACAAAUCCGCUGGGAAGCUAGGGUGAUUGACCUCCAGAAUGGAAGCGACCAACGGCUACUUGUAUGCCAAAAACCAUUCACGAGAAAGUGAUUUUUCUGGAACUGAACACUUCUUAACAUUGGUGAGUUUCCUAAAUUUGACUAGGAGGGAGGAUAACCGUGACAUGUUGAAUCAUGAAAGAAGGAAGUUUCCAUUGUGAUAUGUGGAAUUUGUUUGAUCUUACGAGCUGCCUAAGGAGGUGUGAAUCGCGGUAUCCUUGCAAAUAGAUCAUAUGGCAGCCUGUAGAGAUUAGAGAAAAGCUCUGCUGCAGAAAGUAGUGACAGCACCAUAAAGAACAUAUAUUCUUUUCCUUUCAAAAGUUUAUAUAGCAAUUAAUUCAUCUCUUUUUCUUGUAUUUUUUAACAAUUUAUUUGUUAAUUUUGUAAUCUAGUUGUGUUUUGUACUCAAGAACCACCAUUAUUGAGAGCCAAGGUUUUAACUUUUAGCCACAACAUGUAAGAGAACCAACCAUAAACAUAGUGCUUCCAAUAUUCUUUAUAA